GGAGAGCUGCUGCUUUAUCCACAGGACCAGCUUCCCAUGUCCCAUCUGGAUGCACCGUACACUAUGGUUCACAUCAAUGUGUUGAAAAAGUUCGUGUGUGUUCUUGUGGUGAUACUGGUAGCACUGACAGUUUGCCUGUGGAGAGAAACGAGAAGAAGCUAUUAUGAUCCUUUGAAGACCAGGAGUGAUGAUCUGCAGGGGCACAGGAGUUUGGAGAAAUGGAAGCUGGUUAAAUCACAAGGCCUUUUCCAUGAAGCAGCCAGUGAACUGGGGCAGGUAUCCAAAAUGUGGCUUGCUACGCAAAGCAAAGGCAGCCCCUCAGGAACAGCUGAAAAGUCCAAGAAAGCAGCCUUUGGGAAGGUAUGGGAUAAGGACAGCUCAUCCAGAAAUCUCAUACCCAGGCUGCAGAAGGUCAGGAAAAACUACCUGGCCAUGAACAAGUACAACGUGACUUACAACGGGAAGAGGAGUGCUAAGCUCAGCCCAGAGAAGUUGCUGUGCCAGCUGCGGGACAGGGUCAAUGUGACCAUGAUCCAGAGGUCAGAUGGUCCUUUUGGUACCUUUGAAUGGCAGCAGUACCUGCCAGGGAAAGGCCUCAGUGAGACAGUGGGACACCUGGGUCGCUGUGCUGUCGUGUCCUCAGCAGGCUCUCUGAAAUCAUCUCGCUUGGGACAAGAGAUAGACAGCCAUGAUGCCGUCUUGCGAUUCAAUGGAGCUCCUGUCAGGGGCUUUCAGGAUGAUGUGGGGCAAAAGACAACAAUUCGUCUUGUGAAUUCCCAGCUUGUAACUGUUGAAGAGCAGCAGUUCCUGAGAGAAUCACUAUAUAACACUGGAAUCUUAAUUGUCUGGGAUCCAGCACCAUAUCAUGCAGAAAUUCAUGAGUGGUACAGAAAACCAGAUUACAACUUUUUUGAAAGCUAUAAGGCGUAUCGUAGAACACAUCCAGAGCAGCCCUUCUAUAUCCUGAAUCCCAAAAUGCAGUGGCAACUCUGGGAUAUUCUGCAAGAGAAUUCCCUGGAGCAUAUUCAGCCUAAUCCACCAUCAUCAGGAAUGCUUGGCAUCGUGCUCAUGAUGACACUGUGUGACACUGUGGAUGUGUAUGAAUUUCUCCCUUCCAAGAGGCAGACGGACGUUUGCCAUUAUUACCAGAAGUUCCACGACCACGCCUGCACCAUGGGAGCUUACCACCCACUCCUGUUUGAGAAGAACUUGGUGAAGCACAUGAACCAGGGCACGGAUGAGGACAUCUACACUCAUGGGAAAGUCACCCUGCCUGGCUUCCGAAAAGUGCAUUGCUAACAGUUUG